AUGGUAUUACCUCGUAAAACCAAAUCAAUUGGAAAUCGACAUGAAUUAAAUAUUAAAAAACGUAAAACAACAAUAACGAACAGUAAUAAUAAAAAGAAAUCAAAACGACGUUUAUUAAUAACAAAAUCAAUUCUUACAAAACGAAACAAAUUAACUAAGCGUGUAGAUUUAAACGAUCCAUCAAUAAAUACAAUAACAUUACGACGAAGUAGACGUUUAAAUAAUAAAACUAAACAAUUAACUUCUCUUCCUUCUCCUAUUCUAAAAACUUAUCCAUUACGUUCACGUUUACAACGUACAAAUAAUUCUAUACCAUUAACAACUAAUCAUCGUUCACAUUCAAUAAAACAAGAACAUUUAUUAUCAUCAAUGGGUCUUCGUAAUGGUAAAAUAGUUAAUUUACGUUCAUUUAUACCUGGUGGUACAACAUCACCAUCAACUCAAGAUAUAACAACAUCAUCAUUACCAUUACUUUCAUUUAAUCCUUUACCAAUACAUCAUCCAACAACAUUACCAUAUUCAUCAACAAAUACAAAUAAUAAUAAUAAUAAUAACAAUAAUAAUAAUAAUGAUUUUAAUUCAUUAUAUUAUUAUUCAAAUAUAACAAAUCAUCCAUCAUUAGAUCCAAGUAAAUAUUUUCCUAUUAGACUUGAUAUACUUCUUGAUCGACCACCUGUUUCACGUGAAAAACAAAUUGAAUAUGGAUGGAAUCAUGAAGAUCGUUCAAUGAAUAUUUUUGUUAAACAUAAUGAUCCAUGCACUUUUCAUCGACACCCUGUUGCACAAAGUACUGAUGCAGUUCGAUGUAAAAAAGGAUUUACAAGUGGUAUUCAUGUAUGGGAAAUUGAAUGGAAUACAAGACAACGUGGCACACAUGCAGUUGUAGGGGUAGGUACCUUAAGAGCUCCACUCCAUUGUCCUGGUUAUCAAGCAUUAGUUGGCAUGAAUCAAGAAUCAUGGGGAUGGGAUUUAGGUAGAAAUAAACUUUAUCAUAAAGGCAUUAAUAGUGUAUAUGCAUCAACACAAUAUCCUUUAACGGCAGCAAGUUCAUCUAAUUUAUUAUCAUCAUCAACAACAACAACAUCAUCAUCUGCAAUAACUGAUCCAGCUGAUGCAAUAAAUAAUAAUGGUAUUGCAUAUUCAACAAAAUCUGAUGAAUGUUUUGUUGUACCAGAUAAAUUUCUUGUUGUUCUUGAUAUGGAAGAAGGAACAUUGUCAUAUAUUGUUGAUGGGCAAUAUUUAGGUGUUGCAUUUAGUAAUCUUAAAGAUAAAGGUGCACUUUAUCCAAUGGUUUCAUCAGUAUGGGGUCAUUGUGAAAUAACAAUGCGUUACAUAAAUGGAUUAGAACCUGAACCACUUCAAUUAAUGGAUUCAUGUCGUCGACUAAUACGUAAACAAUUAGGACGAACGAAUUUACAUUUAAUCAAUGAUUUACCAUUACCUACUUCUCUUCGAAAUUAUUUGAUUUAUCAAUAG